AUGAACAUCGAUUCAUUCGAACAGCUUACAACCCGAAUCGGACGUUUACCAUUAAAAAGAUGUGGAUCAAUACCGGCUUUGACAAUCUUCGUCGUUUACGCGUCGACAUCAAACUGUGAGGAAGAAGGAGUCGAAGAGUUCUAUAUGGACUUGGAGAAGUUCUACAGAGAAGACCAUACAUUCUCCAAGGUUAUUACUGGAGAUCUUAACGCCAAGAUUGGACAAAGAAGAACGUCUGUAGAACGUAAUAUUUGGACCCACGGACUAGAAUGGAACGAGCACGGAAACACUCGAGCGAUACGCCAGCGUGGAAUCGCACGAGUUGUAGGCAACCACGAACUAAUGUUCCAACUUGCAAAACAAUGCAGACAGGCGACUAAAGAAGAUCAUCAAGAGAGAAGAGAAGCAGUAAAGAUAGUCGAAGCUGCAGAGGUUGAGAAAAGCAUUCGCAAAGCCCAUCAAAUCUUCGCUAUUUACAAUGGAGAACAUCAUUCACGAAUACUACUCAGAUCUCAAUCUUAA